AUGUUAUCAUCCCAAGUGUCGUCCCAAGCACCACAAUCGUUAAUCCUAUAUCUGGUUGAGAUGCUGACAAGUUUACUUCUUCUUCUGCAAAUGGAUUUCGCGAAUGCGCAAAGUCGACGAUGCUUUUUGUGCUCGGAUGCUAAUAUUGAAGUGGUAAGUGCCGUGUAUUGGAUGGUUUGA